UGUUGGAUAUCUCAGAAGCCGAAAGGUCUCCACUUUCCCAUGGGUUGACCCCGGAGUAUCCCCGGAUAAGGCACUGCCCACUUCCAUCCCUGUUCUGGGAGCUCUCCUGACGCUGGGUGAGGCGCCAACCGGGUGCUACCAGCUUCUGUGGACCGGCCUUUGACCGGCUUCGCACUCGGCCUCUUCCCGGUGCCUUAAAUUCGCUCUGCUUUCCGUCUCUCAUUGCUUUUGUCUGGACCAGCUGAACGGCCGAUUAUUUUUUCUCUUUCUUUAUAUCUUCAUCUCAUCAUGGCGGACAAGGUCGAGCCCACCGAUACCCAAAUCACACCUCACACCUCGGUCCGAGACAGCCAAUCGUCAAUCAAACACAGUGCUCACCAUGAAGAGAUCACUCGGCAGAGGGAGCCUUACGGCCCAGCCGGGCUCAAAGGUGUGCUUGCCAACCCGUUUGUCUUCAUGUGUGCCGCCUGUUCCACCCUCGGUGGUCUGAGUUUCGGCUACGACCAGGGUGUCAUCUCGGUCACCCUCGUCAUGGACCAGUUCCUGGAGCGCUUCGUCGAGAUCGCCGACGGCCAUCCGGGCUCCGGGUUCUGGAAGGGGCUGAUGACGGCCAUGUUGGAGUUGGGGGCCUUUGUCGGCGCUCUCAACCAGGGUUGGCUAGCGGAUAAGAUUUCUCGCAGAUACUCCAUCGUCGUCGCCGUCAUCAUCUUCAUUAUCGGAGCCGUCCUGCAAACCGCCGCUGUGGACUACGCCAUGCUCACUGUCGGCCGUACCAUUGGGGGUAUCGGCAUCGGUAUGCUGUCCAUGGUUGCCCCUCUCUACAUCUCCGAGAUCAGUCCUCCUGAAACCCGUGGUGCACUCCUCGUGCUUGAAGAGUUCUGCAUCGUGUUGGGCAUUGUCAUUGCGUACUGGACAACAUAUGGCACCCGGUACAUGGCCGGCGAGUGGGCUUGGAGACUCCCUUUCCUCUUGCAGAUGGUACCUGCCUUUGUCCUGCUGGCUGGUGUCAUGGUCCUCCCAUUCUCGCCCCGAUGGCUGGCCUCGAAACAACGCAACGAAGAAGCCCUCGCGAGUCUCAGCAAGAUCCGUCGAUUGCCCGCCACCGACCACCGUAUUCAACAAGAGAUGCUUGACAUUCAGAUCGAGGUGCGCUUCCACCAGGAGCUAAACGCCGAGAAGCAUCCCAACCUGCAGGGUAACGGCCUCACAUCGGCGAUUAUGCGGGAAUUGGCCGGGUUUGCAGACUGCUUCAGGAGCGGAUGCUGGAGACGCACACAGGUCGCUGUCUUUGUUAUGUUUUUCCAACAGUUCGUCGGCAUCAAUGCUCUCAUUUACUACUCUCCAACUCUAUUCAAAACUAUGGGCCUCGAGUAUGACAUGCAGCUCCUCAUGGGCGGUAUUAUCAAUGUGACUCAACUGGUCGGAGUCGUCACCAGUGUUUGGACGAUGGACGGUCUCGGUCGUCGCCCUCUUCUUCUUAUCGGAGCUGCCAUCAUGGGCAUCUCUCACAUCAUAAUCGCCGCUUUGGUCGGCAUCUACUCGGACGAUUGGCCUGCUCACCGACCGCAAGGCUGGACCAGCGUUGCCUUCUUGUUCUUGUACAUGCUUGCUUUCGGAGGUACCUGGGGCUCAGUUGGAUGGGCUCUGCCUUCUGAGGUCUUCUCGUCCUUCCUCCGCGCCAAGGGUGUCGCCCUCGCGACUUGCGGCAACUGGUUCUUCAACUUCAUCAUCGGCCUCAUCACACCCCCUCUGAUUCAAGACACGGGCUACGGUGCGUACGUCUUCUUCGCCGUCUUCUGCAUUCUGGCCUUUAUCUGGGCCUACUUCUUCGUUCCCGAAACCAGCGGACGUACCCUCGAGCAGAUGGACGCCGUCUUCAAGGAUAACUCGAGCAGCGCGGAGCGGGCUCGACGCAGCGCGAUUGAGAAUGAGCUGAUGGAGGCGCAGCAUGGGCCUAUUGAGGCAUAGAGAACAUACCUUGGAUUAGACCAUGUAUAUAUAUGAGAAAUGAGAUCUCUUCUCAAUUGACCGAGUAACAUUUCCGACGAUCAUAGCACCAUUAUUCGCGCCGAAGACAGAAUCUAGAAUCCAGACGAAGCAGAGGCAUCCCCUUCAGGCCUGAUUCUUAUCAAGCAUCCUCACAAUCUCCGCAUCACCCUCUCCCC